AUGUCUGGAAUCUACGAGAAGACCAAGGACGCCGUCUCCAACGCCGCCGAGGCUGUGAAGGACAAGUUCCAAGAUAUGACCGGAACGACGCACGAGGACCGCGCCAAGGACAACGCCCGCAGCGCAUGGGAGGAGACCAAGGAUAAGGCUCACGAUAAGAAGGAGGACGCCAAGGACUGGGCCUCCGACAAGAUGCACCAGGCUGGCCGAAAGGUUGAUGAGCAC